UGUUACAGUGAAUCUAACCUAAAAAAGAACGCCCCGACGCCCCCGACUGCGUUGAUUACGUCGUCUGUUUUCGAAGCGAUAUGAAAAAGAAUCGCAAAAUAACGUGGAGCUACCUGGAGCUCAGUGGACUCCUGGAGGACGAGGAGUCUCACGUGCACUUCACGAGGAUCACUAAGCAUCUCGCGUUACAUCCGUAUUACUUGAACAAUAUUCAGCAAGGUCUGAACCAGAUUUUAAGAUCGUCGUUGAACACUUACGACAGAGAAUUGAAAGGAUUCGUACUGGCCUUUAGAAAUCCUAAAUUGCUUAGCAAUGUGGGAGAGAUGCUCUACGACUCUCCCUUCAUUCACAUUGACAUUGAAGCAGAUUUCUAUCUGUUUCGUCCAACGGUCGGAUCAUUUCUAAAAGGUGUAGUGAAUAAGAAGGGUUUGGACCACAUUAUAAUGCUGGUGCACAAAACGUAUACCGUAUCCAUUCCAAAACCGGACGACACGGAGGAGUGGCCAGGUGAUUCGGUGGAGAUCGGCCAGGAGGUGAAAUGCUGCGUGAGUCAGAUAGACAACAAGAGCAGACCCCCUUUCAUCUGCGGCACUUUGCGGUCCGAUUACUCGCAGGGUUGCAGACUGCCAGACAGCAUAAAUAACAUUGAUAACGUGAACAGUGCAAUUGAAAGUGCGAACAGCACUAUGAGGACUGACACCUCGGUUAACGGAAUAUCGGAGGACGACGGCGUUUCGGAGAAGGAGAGGAAGAAGCAUCGAAAGAAACACAAGAGAUCACAUGAGGAUAGUUCGGAAAUUGUGUGUAAAGUUGAAAAUGAAUCUGAAUCGAACGAUACUUCUAGAAUUAUCAAAUCCGAGAAGAAUAAUCAAAGUACGCAAGAUACUAUAUUAAGUACUUCCUUGAAUGACUCAGAAGUCGACGAUAUUCCUAAAAAGCAUAAGAAAAACAAGAAAGCAUCCAAGUCACUACCUAGCGACGAUACAAUUCUGGACGAACGUGCAGAGUCACGCAAAGCUGUGAAGAGAGAAAGUUCCGUUCCGUUAGAUAGUAUUACCGAAACAGAGGCGAAAAAGAGAAAGAAACAUGCGAAGAAAUCUAAGGAGUCUGUAUUAACAAAGACAGAGAACGAAGAAGAAAUAGUUAAUACAGAGAAUACUGUUCCGCGAAUUAUUAAAUCCGAAGACGGAGAGCCACAUACGUAUAAGAAACGCGUUGCAUCAAGCGCCGAUCUUUCUUCAAAUAAUUUAGAAGAUAGUGUAUCUAAAAAACGUAAGAAAAACAAGAAGCCUAUGAUAAUGUCAGAUUCGGAAUCAGAGGGUCAUGUUGCUAAAGUAAAGAUUGAAAAGCCAGAUUCAUUUAUAGACAGAAUUACUAAUGAGAGAUCAAAGGAUCAAGCGUCAUGUAGCCAGACUAAAGAUUCGAACGAUACUUUCGAAAUGCCUAGGUUUUUGAAAAAGGAAGUACAUGAUGCUUCUGAAAAAGAAAGGAAAAAGAGUUCUAAAAAACAGACUUCGAGGAAAUCAAACUCUGUUAAAAUUAAGAAUGAAGAUGCAAUCAGUGAUGUCAGUAAUGCCUCGGAUAACGAGAGGAAAAAGACUCCGAAGAAGGACUCGCAAUUGAAAUCUGUCAAAGUUAAGAAUGAACUCGACGUAAUCUAUGAUGCCAAUAACGCCUCGGAUAACGAAAGAAAAAAGAGUCCGAAGAAACACGCUUCGAGGGAUUCGCAAUUGAAAUCUGUCAAAGUUAAGAAUGAAGUCGACAUAAUCGGUGAUUUCAGUAACGCCUCGGAUAAAGAAAGGAAAAGGAGCCUGAAGAAGCAUGCGAGGGAUUCAGAUUCUGAGACUAGAAUUAAGAGUGAAAACACAACGAAUGACAUAAAUGAUAUUUCCCGAGUGAUUAAACGUGAGUCCGAAGAGUCUCAAUGUAUAAAGCCAGCGAUGGAUAACAAUUCAAGCAAUUCGGAUCUUGAUCGCGCGUCGAAAAAACCUAAGAAAAAGAAAAGGAAAACUUCAGAUUCAGAAUCGGAAUGUCCUGUUAAAGUAAAAAGUGAAAAAGUUUGAAUUAAAAUACUGAAAGUACUAUAGUAUAACGUCGUCCCUUUAAACUUUUUACAACAUAAAACUGGCUCUCAGAUUUUAUCCACGUGAAUGACAAAGAAUGAAGAACUUUGUAAGUAGAAAUGUACAGCAGCAAAUAUUUUUGUAAUUGUACAACAAGUUAGCGUUUAAUAAAAUUUUGUCGAACGGCAAAACUAUGUAUAACGAAAUAGCUAUAUGUACAUACAGGAUCAGCAACAGCAUAUAAUACGAAACAUAAAAACAUUUUAUUUGUAGGUACAAACUAUUGGUAACGUACACCGUAAUUGUCGUGUACUCUGUGUGAAUCGGGCUUGGAUGUUUAAAGCUCUAAAAUUGUGCACCGUUCAUCAGCCGAAUAUCACGAGUUAUACACACUCGGUAGUUCAUUCCGAUCUUGCCUGUCGUUUGUUAUUCUCAAUCGGCAAUUCUAACAAGUACGAGUAUUUAUAAACAGUUAUUUAUAGAUCGCGAUCGUUGCAGUUAUGAGGAAUUCUCUCUAUUAAACAUCUAACAACGAUUUUGUACUUAAGGAGAUAUCAACACCGUUAAUAUCUGGACGAUUUAUCUGGAAUUGUCGAUAAAUCGUCGCGGAACGGAGUACACGAUGCGUUAUUCGAUAAUUUUCUCAUUGGUACACAUUGAUGUAAAUAGGAGUCACAUAGUUUCUCUCGCGUCGUAUAAAAAAGAAAUUCUCGCCUGAGCUACCGUACACUGGCAGCGAUUAAUAUAGAAACAUACGGAAAAUGUUAUAUUUCAAAAUUCGCACUAUCUCGAAAUUAAUUCACCCCGCCAAAUCACGAACUUAGGUUCUAAAUUUAUAACAAUUAUAUUUCGGUUUCAUUCAUUUCUGUUUUAAUUCGAAUUAUACACCCCGGGAGAUUUUUUUAAUAGAGGAAUUUCAAUUUGUGACCAAAGUUUCUUGCAAAGUAUAUUCUAAUAACUUUAACGAAUUCUGGUGAAUAGAACAAAAUUCCUCUAUUCUUCAAAAUAUCGCGUAUUCUGAGGCUGUUAUAUAUAGGAAAAAAGUUCUCGCAACAAUUAGCUCGAAUUCAUUGCACAAGAGACUCACCAUGAUUUAUUUAUACUGAAUGUAAAACCAAGAUGUCUUGUGAAUAUUUGUUAUCUCUCUUUUUUUAAUAUCGGACAAUAAACUACAGCAGUAUGUCAUGU